GGGCUGGGGCCAAAUUGCCACAGCAGACUCAUUUGCAUAGGCCAAUGGCCGCGCCGUAUGCAAAUGAGGCGGGAGGUGGUUGGCUGAAGCUUGGCAGGAUAACUCCGGCGAGCGGGGCCUUUUGUCCUCCAGUGGCUGGGAGGCAGCUGCCGGGUAGGUGUCGCUGCGGGCGGCGAGACGAGGGCCCUAGAGCCUGCGGACGAGCGAGUGGGGCGGGAGGGAGAACUGCGCGGCGGCGGCGGCGGACGCUGGAGGAGGAGCCCGGGCGGGCGAGGGGAGGCCGGAGCGCGCCGGGGCCGGAGCUUGCCGCGCGGCGCGGGUAAGCGGGAGCAGAGAGCAGGCGCCCGCGCGCGCACGGUGGCAGGAGCAGCCCGCACGCCGCGCUCUCUCUGUGGGCGACCUGCAGUUGCAAUAUGACUUUGGAAGAAUUCUCGGCUGGAGAGCAGAAGACUGAAAGGAUGGAUAAGGUGGGGGAUGCCCUGGAGGAAGUGCUCAGCAAAGCCCUGAGUCAGCGCACUAUCACCGUCGGGGUGUACGAGGCGGCCAAGCUGCUCAAUGUCGACCCUGAUAACGUGGUGCUGUGCCUGCUGGCGGCGGACGAGGACGACGACAGGGAUGUGGCUCUGCAGAUCCACUUCACCCUGAUCCAGGCAUUCUGCUGCGAGAACGACAUCAACAUCCUGCGCGUCAGCAACCCGGGCCGGCUGGCCGAGCUCCUGCUCCUGGAGACCGACACGAGCCCGGCGGCGAGCGAGGGCGCCGCGCAGCCCCCGGACCUGCACUGCGUGCUGGUGACGAAUCCACAUUCGUCGCAAUGGAAGGAUCCUGCCUUAAGUCAACUUAUUUGUUUUUGCCGGGAAAGCCGCUACAUGGAUCAGUGGGUUCCAGUGAUUAACCUCCCUGAACGGUGAUGGCAUCUGAAUGAAAAUAACUGAACCAAAUUGCACUGAAGUUUUUGAAAUACCUUUGUAGUUACUCAAGCAGUUACUCCCUACACUGAUGCAAGGAUUACAGAAACUGAUGUCAAGGGGCUGAGUGAGUUCAACUACAUGUUCUAGGGGCCCGGAGAUAGAUGACUUUGCAGAUGGAUAGAGGUGAAAAUGAAGAAGGAAGCUGUGUUGAAACAGAAAUACAAGUCAAAAGGAACAAAAAUUACAGAGAACCACGCAGGAAGGAAAACUAUGUAUUAAUUUAGGAUGGUUGAGUUACAUUAAAAUAAACCAAAUAUGCUUUGUUAAAGUUUAAAUGUGCAGCCAUAGUUUGGGUAUUUUUGGUUUAUAUGCCCUCAAAAAAAAAAAAAAAAAGAAAAAGAAAAGCUGAAUGGGUUCAUCAUAUUUUAAAACCAUAUUUUAUUGUAUUUCGAUGAGAUGUUAAUUCUCAAAAGUUUUAUUAUAAAUCGUACUAAGUUAUUUUAUGACAUGAAAAGUUAUUUAUGCUAUAAAUUUUUUGAAACAAUGCCUACAAUAAACUGGUAUGGAAUAAUUGCAUCAUU